AUGCCUGUUCAUUCAGAUAGAGCUUUGAUUGCAGAAACCUUCCCUUUCGCUGAGGUUGGUACUGAAGAGAAACCAUACGAGAUGAUGUACAAAUCGCUUGUGUCGUGUUUGUUGCUUGAUGCAAGCGGCCUUGCCACAGCUUUCGAAUUCUCCACGAUAAGCACUGCAAAUAUAUCUUCGUUCUCCCAUGCGUCCGCUACGGCGCCGCCAAUGAGACUUGGCUCGACCUCUCAUUCCUACACGACCUUGAAGUCUUCGAACAUACCGCAAGGGCAGUCGCCUCCGAAUUCCAACAGCCGUGGCGAUUAUGUCACAACCCGUUACACGACCCAACAUCCAACAUACACACUACCCUUAGGCUUUACCAACACGGAAGACUUUGGUCCUAGCGGUGUCGUUCUGGUCGGGCCGACCACGUGGGCGACCCAAGAUGUGCUGCCAGUAGUAGAAGUUGCCAAUGACCUGACCACGACAUCCUCAACUCCACAACCGUGGGAUGCCAAUGGCUUUCUUUACGACAAAAACAAAACUGUCGUGGCAUCGUUUAUCAGCUACGGAAGACAACCGGCCUGUACCUCGGAUUUCUUCUCUUACGCGGCCGCCAAUCCGUCGACUACUGUGACUCCCAGAUGGGCUACGUUUUUUACCUUGACCAAUGGCCAGACUACAGUGGCUGUGUCUUACUCAACCGUACUCUGGCCUAUAACCUCAGAGCCGUAUUGUUGCGGAAGAUGUUCGAUAUACUUCAAUAACCUCCAGAUGCUAUACUGGCCUGCUCUUCAUCCCAACACAGCCUGUUUAGGCAAAACUUCGGCUGGUUUCGAUAGUACAAGUACCAAUGCGGGGACUGCUGCUCGUAACCACUCCGUUUAUGCAACCGACUCAGACGGAUACAUAUACACAUCGCCUUCCAUAUACGUCAAGUUCCCUACAGUGUCCGCGUCCGAUGCCUGUGGACUGAUCGGAUCAGCAGCUACUUCCAUAACCCUUGCCUUCUCGGCACGGGAGCUAUCUACAUUCAUAUUGAAUGAUGGGACAGGAACCAAUUACCAAACCUUUACAUCGGCACUUGACACUGCCGAACUACCAUGUGGCCCGUGGAAUGGGACCGAUCACUUUCUACCCGAAGCAUGGUCCAACUAUUCCUCCUACCAGCCUCUGAUAGUAUUGCCUUCUAAAUUGAUUGCUAUGGUGCCGGCAUGGAAAUCCUGCACAGCUGACAUGUUCGAAGGCCAGGACCCUCCCCGUACCCUAAGCCCUGCAGCAGCUAUGGCACCAGCGCCAACAAAUGUAGGUACGCAGGCCCAGAAUAAUGCUGCUUCACCAAGUCCCUCAAUUCCUGCUUUACCACACAAAACGGGAGCAGGAGUCUCUCAACAGAAAGAUCCAGAUCCAGAUCCAUCUCCGAAUUCGCCUUCUAAACCUGUUGAUCCGUCCACAGGAACUUCGGGAGAUCCCAGUAAUUCUAAUCCGUCUCCCAAGCCUAGUGGUCCAUCGACGGGAGAGUCUGGAGAUUCUAGCAGUGACAACCUGCAUCCUAAGCCUAAUGAUCCAUGGUCAGGAGAUUCCGGAGUUCCUAACGACUCACAGGAUCCCGCAGGCAAUGCAGCAUCUGCGGCCACAGCGCCCGCUCUCGACCCUACACAAGCCCCUGCAGGCGACCCACCAUCGAACGGCCCUUCCAAUCCAUCCGCAGCCGACCUUAGCGACACGAAGAACACUCCGCUCACUCUUCCAUCCGCUAUCGUCUUACAUGGUCAUACCAUCACACAAGAUGCUGCUCCAGUGACCAUAAAUGGAAUGCCGGUGGUGUAUCAAUCAGGAUCAAUCAGCGCGGAGGGCGAGGUAAAGGCGAUUCCGGCCGGCUGGGGUGUCUUUGACCCCAUAGAAAAAGAGUGA